ACGGAAAAGCCAUGGCAAGUGUACUACUUCCGUCUUCUCCCCCCAGCGGAUACAGAGAAAUGACAGCGACUCUGCGCCCGUACCUCAAUGCUGUGCGUGCCACGCUGCAGGCCGCCCUCUGUCUGGAGAACUUCUCCUCUCAGGUUGUGGAGCGCCACAACAAGCCAGAGGUGGAGGUCCGGAGCAGUAAAGAGUUGCUGCUGCAGCCAGUCAUCAUCAGUCGUAAUGACAAGGAGAAGGUUCUUAUCGAGGGCUCCAUCAACUCAGUCCGAGUCAGCAUCGCUGUCAAGCAGGCGGAUGAGAUUGAGAAGAUCCUGUGCCAUAAAUUCAUGCGCUUCAUGAUGAUGAGAGCUGAGAACUUUUUCAUCCUGAGGAGGAAACCAGUGGAGGGUUAUGACAUCAGUUUCCUCAUCACCAACUUCCACACGGAGCAGAUGUACAAGCACAAGCUGGUGGACUUCGUCAUCCACUUCAUGGAGGAGAUCGACAAGGAGAUCAGCGAGAUGAAGUUGUCUGUCAACGCCAGGGCCCGUAUCGUUGCAGAGGAGUUCCUAAAAAAUUUCUAAGAAAAUUCCCAAACAUUCCUUACGCUGAUCACGACCGUCACCAUGGUUUCUCUGAGGGUGCGCAUCACAGGACGGAGAGAGGGAGGGGCAAAAAUUGUGACCAGUCAUUCACAAUGGAAAAAAAGAUGCAUCAGACCAAUGGGGUGUUGCCCUACAUCAUUGAGGUAUACCUGUGCUCAGAAAUAUUGAUGUUUGUACAUAAUGAAUAUUCACAGCCUCGUUUAAUUUCUGCCUUUUAGAAGAAAGCAUUAAAUCAGGGCGGGUCCUUAAAAUAAUACCCUAAUCAAUAUUAAUGAGCACAGGGAAAUGCAUGGAGAUUUCUGAUAAUUGAAACUAUUUGUUUUUUUAUAUAAAUAUUAUAUUCACAGAAUGUUUUGCUAAGUUUUUGUUACGACACACCUUCAACCCUGAGGAAAAAUGUAUUGGUGAAUAUGUUGUCUUAAUACACACAGAGCAGACCCUAUCAUUGAUGGAAAUGAUUGUGAUGAUAAUAGUGCUGGCGGUGAUGAUGAAUAAAUCCCUUUAUCGUU